AUGGAGAAAAAAGGACAGGUGGUCCUCAUCGAGAAGCGGAAGUGGAAUCCGGUGAGCCCUAAGGAGAGGCGAUAUAAAGGGAUAAGGAUAAGGAAGUGGGGAAAAUGGGUUUUACCGGACAGAAACGCCGUUGUCAGCGUUGGUGGAGACAUGUCUGCGGCAUUUAUACGGCAGAAGGCGGAGGAGGUGGGAGCUAGAGUCGACGCGGAGCUUCGAACUGAGAGUUCUAUCAGUUGA